AUGCGCCACAGAUGUGAGGAACAUUGUGAGGUUUCCGCCAAAACAAUAAGCGUGUUGAUGGAAAGCUUGUCUAUGGCAAGACUCGAGAACAUAAAGCUUCUCCAGCUGCCUCCUGGGCUUAAUGCAUUCCGCUACCAGUCUGUAACUGCAACCAGCACUACUGCCGUCACCGCCAGCUCUACUUCUGCUAGCGCUGCAUCUGACGACCAGAUGAAGCAGAUGCACCACGAGAUUAAGGCGCUUUGCAUGCAGUUGGAAACAGCUACUGCCGAUAACAGUGCAUAUUGCGCCCAGAACGAGAAGCUUAGGGCCGAAAUUGCAGCAGCCACCACGACUGCUAAGGACGUCAGAGCUGGGAAUAAAAACCUCUGGGCACAGUUGGGUGUCGCCAAAGCCAACCCCACUCUUUUGAUGGAGAAGCUAAACAACGCGGAUUCGGAAUCCCAGAGAGAGGUUGAUUUGUACUACAGGUAG